GCAUCCUCGUCAUUUUUCUUUUGGAUCACAAAUGUCAUAUCCCAGCUUAAUCUUGUGCAAAAAAUUCUGGAGUACUUGUAUGAUAGAGCGUAAGAAAACAUGGUACUUUCUAAUCACUCCAGUCCCUCGAUCUUGAGAGAAGCAUGUGUCUCGCAUCAAAAGCAUCUUUGUCAAAAUUAUCCGGCCAUCCAGAGUCGAGAUAGAUUUGCUUCAUGGCAUCAUGCUGUACUUCUUCAUUAGCAAGGAUGUUUCUCUUACUCCUUAUAAAAUUAAGCCCUCUUGUCUUUUUCUGUCCUCUGACGUUGAACCGGGGAAGUUAUGGGAAAGAAGAAGAUAAGAGGGGGGGCAGGAUCGACUUACUUUUCCACUGCCGCCAAAGUCUGCAUUUCGUGUCAUCCAGAUCUGAGCUUCAAAGUCGGGGACCCAAUGUAGAGAUUUUGUUCGCUGUAUCCAUCUUUUCAAAAAUUCUGGAGCUGAAUUCGAAAGUGAGGUGUUUUGAUGACGUGGAGAUGCUGUUGUAGUUGGUGUUGAAGGUAUAUGCACAUCGGGAUGA